AUGUGGCUCUUUCCUACAGGGCUCUUCUGGCUUGGCACAGCUAGCCUGUUCGAUGCCGUUCUUCAACUUGGUAUCUGCUCCUUCCCAGAGUCCGUGGUAUCUCUACUGCCCACCUUGCAGGUGGCAUGGAUACCUUCCAGACGGACGCCAACUUCUUGGUCUGGUUGUUGACAUUUACCGUCCCAUCUCUGGUGGUUCUACUUGUGCUUUGUAUUGGCUGCCGGGACCCUGAAUCAGACAUGCCACCUAUUGAUGAUUACCAAUAUAAGCCCCACUCUUCUGGCCAACACGAGACUUUCAGGGUGCUGCGGCGUAAUCCCUCUCCACCUUGUGCCCCUGUCCAACGGCAGCCAGAUUUGCAGAGAUGCCCUCCGCAGAAUCCUCCCAGGCCAGCAGUUCCAUUUGGUCAUGAGGAUAACAGAAGCAUUCCCAGUUACGAGAAUGAAGAGCAACCUUGUGCGACUGAUGAUGAUGAAAACUAUGUCCCAGGAUACAUUGAAGUGCUGCCUGAUGCUCCAGUUGAGGACCAGGGAAAUAGGGAUGGUGCAUCCACAGGUUCCAUAGGGGAUCAGUAUGAGAAUAUAUCCGAGUCUCCAGCGUCCUCACGGCAUUCGCUCGGAGAAUAUGUCAAUGUGCUUGAACCAGAUCCCACCAUCCUAGACUUUUGUGUUGAGGGUGGCAAUAGUGACCUGGAAAGUGAAGAUGACACCCCAGACUAUGAGAACAUCAUCUGCCCUAGAAUUUGAGGCUGAGAAGCUAAUUCUGAGGCAGUAUUCUUUAGUGACUCUGAUUGCCUCCAUCUGGGAUGGAUCACGGAUGAUCUUGUUACCUGAGGACACCCCACCUACUCCCAAUCAGCUGCCCCAAAGGCUGCCAUAAUUUAUUGCCCUUCUUUGCACUUUGGUUGACAAAUCCUGAGAAUUUCCUGAGAACUUCCUACAAUCUUUUGGCGUCUCCCCAUCAAAGUUCAGCAACUUGACUGUUGAAGUGGGGUCUGAUUUCCUCGCAAAAGCAAUCUGAGUCGAGUUUCUCUUAGAAAUGAAUAAAGAACCUGGAGUUCUGU